AUAAUAAUCUAACCUAAUAAUUAGUAAAAUGAUGGACAAAGAUGAUGCUGAUAAUUUAAUUAAAAUUCUGACAUUGUAUUUCUUUAAAGGUUUACAUUACAAUUUGAAACCAGUUGAUGUUAAACAAAUGAGUUGGGAAAAUCAAGAUAAAUUUUUGAAUCAAACAGUUAAAACGAAACUUUUCAAAAAAUACUCAUGUAAUCGUAACUUUAGUGUACGAUUUUUUAAAAACCUGAUACAAUAUUUAGAGACUGAGCAAGAAGUACACGAUUAUAUGUAUGAAUUUUUAUGUACAGAAAUGAAUAAAAAUGAGAGUAAAUACUCUUACUGUCAUUAUAUAAUAAAAGAUGAUUUAAAUAAUAUUGUUACGAUUAAGGAAACAAAAAACAUGGUUGUUAAUGGCACUACAGGCUUAAAAACUUGGGAGGCAGCUUUAAUGUUUUCAGAUUGGGCUGUAUGUCACAAAGAAGUCUUUACUAAUAAGAAUGUCCUAGAACUUGGUUCUGGUGUUGGUUUCACCGGUAUAACUAUAACUAAAUACUGUAAUAUAAAAUCAAUGAUUAUGACAGAUUGUCAUUCAGAAGUGUUAAAAACAAUAAACGAUAAUGUAUUAAUAAAUUUACCUGAUUACCAGCCCAAAGAUACAGAUAAGUCAGUUAUUUAUACAAAGGGAGACAAAUUUAUAGGUGUCAUGAUGCUAGAUUGGAAUAAUACUGAUGAUUUAGUAUUCCAAUCUACACCAGAUAUUGUAAUUGGAGCUGACAUAGUGUAUGAUCCAUCAAUAUUGCAAUCAUUGUUGAAUGUACUUACAUUGAUCCACAAAAUAAAUAACAAUGUAGAUAUUUAUAUAGCCAGUGUCAUAAGAAAUCAAGACACAUUCAGUGAAUUUUUAACAGCAUUAGUUUCAUUUUAAUUAAAUAUGGAUAACAAAGUCACUCGUCCUAGAAAAAGGAAAGUAAAGGAAAGCGAAGAUGAUGAAAAACCAUUGGUUAAAAGAAGAGUCACAACAAAAGCAGCUGGCGUGAAAUCCGCUAAAAUUAAAAAAGAAUCUACAGAAGUGGAAAAACCAAAGCGAAAAGUUAUAAAGAAAGAUGAUAAUGAAAAUGAUAACUUUGAAAUUGAAGAUGGACUUCAAAAUCAAAACGACCAAUAUAACAGUUUAUGGAAUGAAACCGAAAUGCUUUCAUAUUGUGAAAAAAUUACACCAUAUUUAGCACAAAAAUUCGUUUCUUUAAUUAAUGAAGGUUGUACAUUACCGUUUAUUGCUAGAUACCGGAAAGAGGCUGUGGGCCACCUUAUGCCUGAUCGACUCCAAGAGAUAUAUGAAAGUUAUCUAAAUGUUAUACAGUUUAAAAAAAAAGUGAAAUCCGUCUUGGAAAACUUGAGGAAAUCCAAGAAACUAACACCUGAAAUAGAACAAAGUAUAUUGAAAACUAAAAAUUUAUCCGAGCUUGAUUUAGUGUACAGUCCACUGAAAUCACAUUCAUUGUCAUUGGCAGAAAGAGCCCGAAAUUUAGGCUUAGAAACUUAUGCAAUAAGACUUUUAAAUGGUGAAUAUGUCGAAUUAAAAUCUCUUUGUGAUGGCACAGAGGAAUUAUCAAAUGUAGAUAAGGUUGAAUCUCACAUAAUUCAUAUUUUAGCAGAUAUAAUUUAUAAGGAUGUGAGAGUUCUUGCUCAUAUGAGGACAUUAAAAGAAGAAACUAGAUUUACCCUACAAAGUAGUAGAACGAAAAGUUCUACUAAAGAUAAACCAGAGGCUCAAAACAAGAAAGUUGAUAACAGAUCAGAUCCUGAAACAUACAAAUUAUAUUUUGAAUGGAAAUGUCCCGUGCACUUUGUUAAAUCUUACCAGACAUUGGCUAUCAAUAGAGGAGAAGAUGAAAAAAUAUUAUCUGUGAAGGUUAUCAUACCUGAUUGGUUUUAUAAUAAACUUGGAAGUUUUUGUGUAACUCUUUGGAGGAGCAAUCAUUGGGUCCACAGAGGACUUACUGACGCUUAUAAUCGCCUGAUAAAACCUUGGCUCUCCAGACAAGUGAGAUCAGAAUUAACCAAUGCAGCACAAAAGGAUGCUCUAAAAACGUUUACAAGUAAUUUAGAAAAAUAUCUAUUAACAGAACCUAUAAAGAAUAGGACAAUAGCGGGUUUAGAUCCUGGAUUUAAAAAUGGGUGUAAAGUUGGAAUCAUAGACAAUACAGGAAAGAAAUUGGAGGCAUUUAACAUAUAUCCAAAUUUUACUUCAAAGAAUAAUGAUCCUGCUGCUAACCAGUUAAGAAAUCUCCUACAAAAACAUAGAGUAGAAUUAAUCGGUCUCGGCAAUGGAACAGCUUGUCGUGAAACUGAAUCUUGGUUGAAAAAGCAUUGUAUAUCUGAUGAAGUACCAGUAAUUAUUGUUCCUGAACAGGGCGCAUCAAUUUAUUCAAUUAGUAAGGAAGCGCAAAAGGAACACCCAAACAUGGAUCCAAAUUUAAUAUCAGCCUUAUCAAUCGCAAGAAGAGUUUUAGAUCCAUUAGGAGAAUUAAUAAAGGUAGAGCCCAAGAAUUUAGGCGUCGGACUUUACCAGCACGAUAUUCCUCCGAAAAUGCUUGAAAGUGGUUUAGAUGCUACAGUGGAAAAAGUCGUCAGUUUAGUCGGCGUCGAUAUCAACACUGCUUCUCAAGCAAUGUUAAGGCGUAUUUCUGGUUUAAACGAAGGCAGAGCCAAGAAGAUAAUAUCGCAUCGCCAAGAAAAUGGCUGUUUUAAAACUAGAGCAGAUAUCUUGAAAGUUAGCGGAAUCGGAAAAAUAACGUAUCAACAGUGCGCCGGGUUCUUAAAAGUUUUAGGCGGUCCAGAACCUUUGGAUUCGACUAUUAUUCAUCCGGAAAGUUAUGCCCUUGCGAAAUUAUUCGCUAAAAAGAUUGGCGUUAACAUAAAGGAUUUAACCAAACCACAAUUUCCCGAGCAAGUUGAAAGGAAAGUAUCUAAUUUAGAUAUUGCAUCUAUGAGCAAAGAUCUGGACACUGAUACGAGUACAUUGGAAUUAAUAAUAACCGCGUUUAAACAGAAAUCGUAUGAAGAAAAUAUGAUAACGUUCUGUAAACCCGUUUAUUCGGUUUCAGUUCAAGCUUCUGAACAACUGAAGAAGGGUAUGAGUGUUACAGGUGUGGUUCGUAACGUAGUACCAUUUGGCUGCUUCGUUGACUGUGGCGUUGGCGACAACGGGCUUAUACAUACAAGCAAUAUGGGAAACGCAACCUUAAAGCUUGGCGAUAGAGUUGCUGUGACAGUUAUCUCUACACCAAAACCGAAGAGACUACAAUUAAAACUUGAUCGUAUUCUUGAUUAGCAAAAAACUAAAUAAGCUUUAUGUUAAAUAAAUGUUGAAAAUAAAA